CGCCGUGCCCGCAAUCCUACGCAGAGCUCCGUUGCGUGACGUUACCUGCAACAAUAAAACUCCAGCCUCUUUCACUUCCGUUCCGUUCCGUUCCCCUCUUUCUGAUAAGAAGGACGACCAAAGAGGCCUUCGCACGCAUCCACCAACAAACUCCUCCUUCCUUCCACCGAUCUCUACCAUCAACGAGCGAUCCAUCAUCCAUCCAUGGAGAAGGCGAUCGACCGCCAGCGCGUCCUCCUCGCGCACCUCGCCCCCUCCGCCUCCUCCUCCGCCCAGGGCCAGCAGCUCUCCGCGUCGGCGUGCGCGGCCGGGGACAGCGCCGCCUACCAGAGGAGCUCCUGCUUCGGGGAUGACGUCGUCAUCGUCGCUGCCUACAGGACACCGAUUUGCAAGGCAAAGCGAGGAGGCUUCAAGGACACGUACCCUGAGGACCUUCUUACUCCUGUUCUCAAGGCUGUUCUGGACAACACUGGAAUCAACCCAGGUGAAAUUGGGGACAUUGUAGUUGGGACCGUGCUAGGUCCAGGUUCUCAGCGUGCAAUCGAAUGCAGGACAGCAUCACUUUUAGCUGGAUUUCCUGAAACCGUUCCUGUGAGAACUGUGAACCGACAAUGCUCAUCUGGGCUACAGGCAGUCGCUGAUGUUGCUGCUGCCAUAAAAGCUGGCUUCUAUGACAUAGGGAUUGGUGCAGGUCUGGAAUCCAUGUCGGUAAAUGCAAUGGGUUGGGAAGGCCAAGUAAACCCGAGAGUAAUUGAAUUGCAAAAAGCACAGGAUUGUCUUCUGCCUAUGGGAAUAACAUCUGAAAAUGUUGCUCACCGAUACGGUGUAACCAGACAGGAGCAAGAUCAGGCUGCUGCUGAGUCUCAUAUGAGAGCUGCCGCAGCCACAGCUUCUGGAAAGUUCAAGGAUGAGAUCAUACCAGUGCCUACAAAGAUCAUUGACCCCAAAACUGGAGAGGAAAAGAAAGUUGUCAUAUCAGUUGAUGAUGGAAUUAGGCCAGGGACCACAGCAUCUGGAUUGGCGAAGCUUAAAACAGUUUUUAAGAAGGAUGGGACUACAACUGCAGGUAACUCUAGUCAAGUGAGUGAUGGUGCUGGAGCCGUUCUUCUCAUGAGGAGAGCUGUAGCAAUGAGCAAGGGACUUCCUAUACUUGGUGUUUUUAGGAGCUUCGCUGCUGUUGGAGUGGAUCCAGCUGUUAUGGGCGUUGGUCCUGCGGUAGCAAUACCUGCUGCUGUGAAAUCUGCUGGCCUCGAGAUUGACGAUAUUGAUCUCUUUGAAUUGAACGAGGCCUUUGCCUCUCAAUUUGUCUAUUGCUGCAAGACGUUGGGACUAGACCGGUCAAAAGUAAACGUGAACGGAGGCGCGAUUGCUAUGGGACAUCCUCUUGGUGCAACAGGUGCCCGGUGCAUCGCUACUCUUCUGAAUGAAAUGAAGCGCAGGGGUAGAGACUGCAGAUUCGGUGUCGUGACCAUGUGCAUCGGAUCUGGUAUGGGCGCAGCGGCUGUCUUCGAGCGGGGAGACUCGGUGGAUGAACUCUCCAAUGUGCGCCACGUCCCGUCGCAAAAUUUCCUAUCCAGGGAUGCGAAGUAGAGGCUCAGAACCCUAGAGUAUAGAUCCUCAGGCAGUAUGAGAGCCACGCGUGUGACAAUAACUGUAUGAAAAAAGAAGAUUGUAACUUGAUGAGAUAAAAAAAUGAUGUCGAAUACAAAAGUUUAUGUACCGUCACACUUUACGAAUAAAAUAGACUAUUUGUUAAGUUAGCCCAGUUGGAAUCGUGAGAAGACAACAUGGGAAAUAAAUCAGUUUUUUUUUUU